AACAAAAAAAAAACUUGAGAGAAGAAGAGUAGAACAUCGUCUUCCGUGUUGAUAAUAUGACUGAUCUGAACUGAUAACCUCUUUUUAAGGCUGUUUGACAGCACGCUGUUGUUCAGGAUGCUGCUGGUUCUGUCUGAAGACCAUAAAGAACACCUCUCCUUCCUGCCUAAGGUCGACACAGCAGUGGUUGCAGAAUUUGGUCGCAUAGCACUAGAGUUCCUACGGAAAGGCACCAGCACCAGGAUCUAUGAGGGAGCUGCCAGAAAGCUGUGUGUUCCUGUGGAGAUGGUGCAGCAUGGAGUUGAGGGCCUGAUGUUUUUGAUGACUGAGAGCUCCAAACACAUGAUCUCUGAAGUGGAUUUCCUGGAUUCGGUGUUGGUUUUGGGGUUUGGGGAAGAGCUUAACCAGUUACUGUUACAGCUCUACCUACAGCACCACAGUCAGAUUCGCAGCGUCCUAAGUCAGCUACCUACAAACGUGCCUGCAUAUCAAAACCUUGAAUGGAGACUGGAUGUACAGUUGGGGAGUCGUGCAGUCCGUCAUCAGGUCGUUCCCAAGCUGACAAUGCGUCUUCUCCUGACAAGUGGCUGUGACGGCACAAGUGAUCAAAGCAGCAGGAUUCUCCAGACAGACCCUAGCACCCUCCUUCACCUCAUCUCCACAUUGGAGGUUGCUCUGGCUGCCAUAAAAACCAGUCAUGCUCGUCGCAUAUUACGCAACAUUAAAUAACCCUCAGAGACAUUUGAAGUGUAACAAGGGUGCCUUUUGCCAACUCAAAAACAUCACAUCAUCACUUUGUACCUGGAAAAUAGCAAGUAUUGUUCUCUUUAUUCUAGUGUUGUUGUUUUUUUUUGUCUGGAUGUUAAAACUAGGUUUUUGCCCAUCUGGCUGCCAAAUGCUCCUCACUGUCACCCUUUGAGUUAUGAUAUCUACCAAAUUUGAUUAAUUGUUGUUUAUCAACUUUCUACAGUGGAACUGAUAUUGAAUUAAAGUGUUUGGCAGAGAUGAAA